AAAUAGAUGCACAUUUACGCCAGCAAUACUUAAUAAAGCUCCUUUUAAUAAUUAUUUUCUUGUGGAAGUAAUACACUAUGUUUCGAGGAGAUAGUUCACACUCUUUAAGCUAUGAACAACAGGCCAAAUUUAUACUCGAUCGUAUUACAAACGUAGAAAAGAAUUUCGGCGAACUAUGCGUCGGCUUUGGUGACUAUACAAGAAAAACUGCCAGACUACGGGAUAUGGGAGAUGAACUCUCCAAAAUAAUUAAGGAAUACGCAAACAACGAACUGGUAAACAAGUCUCUUAGUACUGGUUUAGAUAACUUAUCUUUAACGCUAACAGCUAUUGAAGAAUACAGAAAUUGUGCUGUUCAAAGAUUAGAAGCAAAGGUCAUUGGAGAGCUCUGCCAAUAUGAAAACAUUUGUAAGCAUGCGAGAGAAGAACUAAAACACACCAUGAGUGUUAGGGAAAAGGAGAUGGCAAGAAAAAAGAUUCUAGACAAAGCUCGAGAGAGACAACCAUUCAACCGCCAACAGGUGACAUACGCAGAAUCGGAACUUCUUAAAGCAUCCGCGGAAAUGUCUCGCACCGCAAAAGGCUUGAGUGAACUUACCGAGUUUUUUGAGCGUCGCAAGUUGCAGCAACUAAAAGCCCUACUGACCGAUUUCGUAAUGAUCGAGAUGACGUUCCACUCGCGUGCAGUGGAACUAUUUACGGUCGCGUACCGACAAAUUGGUGAUAUAAAUGAUAAGGCUGACUUGGAGAAUUUCAAACGAAAGUUGCGCUCUCCUGAAAAACCUGUCAGCACUGGAAUAUCGGCAAGAUCGUCAUCGCUAGCAUCCUUGAUGAAUCCACAGCUGUCUCCACUUAAAGAUGAAGAGAAUUCCGUGAAUUUUGGAGGGUUCCGAUCCCCCGAAAACAAUUUGAAAACAAGAUCAAGCUCAAUUGCAUCUCUUAUGAACCACUCAUCAUCUAAAGAUGAAGACGAUACUUCGGAAACGGAUGAAUCUGAAGAGCAAAGUUCUACAGAAGAAACAGAAUCAAAAUGAACUUGAUGACACUUUGUUUGAUGACGUAGCCAUUUUACCUCAUCGAAAGAAAUUAAAAAUAAAAAUUUUAAGAGAGAUUGC